UGCUACAACUGCCAAGUUCCCCGCGUCCCACACUCCUCUAGGUGCUCCGAGGGACCACCGGGGUGCCUGAUGUGAGAGCGGGAGCGUAGAGACUCGGAGGCUGAGGUUGAGAACAAAAAGAUGCACCUGGACUUUCCCCGGAGCCCUCUGCGUGGUUGAGCUUCGGUGGAAUUUCGGGGCUCUUGGCUGCCAGCCGCGCUUGCCUGGUAGCAACAGAAACCAGUCCCGCUCGCCUCCGAGGACAGUUCAUUACCAUCCAGAAGUGUCUCCCACUGAAGGCAUCCGCGGUUGUUUUUAAGCCACAAAAAAGCCACACCCAAGAUCACCUGACACCCACCCUGUCAAGUGUCCAUGAUGCUGGGCCCUGAGGGAGGUGAAGGCUUUGUGGUCAAGCUCCGUGGCCUGCCCUGGUCCUGCUCUGUUGAGGACGUGCAGAACUUCCUCUCUGACUGCACGAUUCAUGAUGGGGCCGCAGGUGUCCAUUUCAUCUAUACUAGAGAGGGCAGGCAGAGUGGUGAGGCUUUUGUUGAACUUGGAUCAGAAGAUGAUGUAAAAAUGGCCCUGAAAAAAGACAGGGAAAGCAUGGGACACCGGUACAUUGAGGUGUUCAAGUCCCACAGAACCGAGAUGGAUUGGGUGUUGAAGCACAGCGGUCCCAACAGUGCUGACAGUGCCAACGAUGGCUUCGUGCGGCUUCGAGGACUCCCAUUUGGAUGCACAAAGGAAGAAAUUGUUCAGUUCUUCUCAGGGUUGGAAAUCGUGCCAAACGGGAUCACAUUGCCUGUGGACCCCGAAGGCAAGAUUACAGGGGAAGCGUUCGUGCAGUUUGCCUCGCAGGAGUUAGCUGAGAAGGCUCUAGGGAAGCACAAGGAGAGGAUAGGGCACAGGUACAUCGAGGUGUUUAAGAGCAGCCAGGAGGAAGUUAGGUCAUACUCAGAUCCCCCUCUGAAGUUCAUGUCCGUGCAGCGGCCAGGGCCCUAUGACCGGCCCGGGACUGCCAGGAGGUAUAUUGGCAUCGUGAAGCAGGCAGGCCUGGAGAGGAUGAGGCCCGGUGCCUACAGCACAGGCUAUGGGGGCUACGAGGAGUACAGUGGCCUCAGUGAUGGCUACGGCUUCACCACCGACCUGUUCGGGAGAGAUCUCAGCUACUGUCUCUCCGGAAUGUAUGACCACAGAUACGGCGACAGUGAGUUCACAGUGCAGAGCACCACAGGCCACUGUGUCCACAUGAGGGGUCUGCCGUACAAAGCGACCGAGAACGACAUUUACAACUUCUUCUCUCCUCUCAACCCUGUGAGAGUCCAUAUUGAGAUCGGCCCAGAUGGAAGAGUGACGGGCGAAGCAGAUGUUGAGUUUGCUACUCAUGAAGAAGCUGUGGCAGCUAUGUCCAAAGACAGGGCCAAUAUGCAGCACAGAUACAUAGAACUCUUCUUGAAUUCAACAACAGGGGCCAGCAAUGGGGCGUAUAGCAGCCAGGUGAUGCAAGGCAUGGGGGUGUCUGCUGCCCAGGCCACUUACAGUGGCCUGGAGAGCCAGUCAGUGAGUGGCUGUUACGGGGCCGGCUAUAGUGGGCAGAACAGCAUGGGUGGCUAUGACUAGUUUUGUUAGGAACAUUUGAGUUAUUUCAAUCAAAUUUUCACAGGCAGCCAACAAGCAGUUAAGAGCAGUUAUAAUAGAGGAAGCUGGGGGACCCAUUUUGCACCAUGAGUUUGUGAAAUCUGGAUUAAAAAAUUACCUCUUCAGUGUUUUCUCAUGCAAAAUUUUCUUCUAGCAUGUGAUAAUGAGUAAACUAAAACUAUUUUCAGCUUUUCUCAAUUAACAUUUUGGUAGUAUACUUCAGAGUGAUGUUAUCCGAGUUUAAGUAGUUUAAGUAUGUUAAAUGUGGAUCUUUUACACCACAUCACAGUGAACACACUGGGGAGACGUGCUUUUUUGGAAAACUCAAAGGUGCUAGCUCCCUGAUUCAAAGAAAUAUUUCUCAUGUUUGUUCAUUCUAGUUUAUAUUUUCAUUUAAGAUCCUUUAGGUUAAGUUUAAGCUUUUUAAAAGUUAGUUUUGAGAAUUGAGACACAAUACUAAUACUGUAGGAAUUGGUGAGGCCUUGACUUAAAACUUUCUUUGUACUGUGAUUUCCUUUUGGGUGUAUUUUGCUAAGUGAAACGUGUUAAAUUUUUUGUUAACUAAAUUUUUUUCUUAAAAUAAAGACUUUUUCACAAAAAAAAAAAAAAAAAAAAA